AUGAGUUCAGGAAGCGUUGACAAAGACAAAAGUCUAACAGAGCCUGUUGAUAUUGAUGUUGCGAAGGUCGAAGAAGGUCGGAACUAUGCUGCUAUCGACAAGCAGUCCGAGCGGUCAUAUGAUGUCUUUCUUGCAGUUCGGAAGCUAGACUUUUAUCUUCUACCUUUUCUAUCCCUAAUGUAUUUCUUCAACUCAGUCGAUCGGAGUAACCUAGGAAACGCAAAAACAGAUAAAAUAGACAAGGACCUUCACUUCAAGGGCAAUGAAUAUUCAUUGCUGAUUCUCUUGUUCUACGUCCCAUUCGGUCUUUGCGACUUGCCUCUAAACCUUCUUACUAAGCUUUGGUCUGGAAGGCUUAUGCUACCUACUCUAAUGGUUACUUGGGGAAGUCUUGCACUUGUGCAGUGCGCUGCAAAGAACUUCGGUGGCCUCUUAGCAAUCCGUCUCCUGCUCGGCGUCUGCGAGGCCGGAUUCUUUGCUGGUGUGGUGUUCUACCUGACGUUGUUCUACACGCGCGGUGAACUUGGCUUUCGCCUCGCUAUAUUCUUUGGCUCCGCACUCCUGGCAGCUGCUUUCAGCGGUCUGAUCUCAUAUGGAGUUUUCCGGAUCAAAGACCAUGCCGUUAAAGGUUGGAUGUGGCUUUUCAUCAUCGAAGGUGGAUUGACCGUUAUCGUGGGCACUGUUGCCUUCUUUUGGCUCCCCAGCGCUGCUGAGAAUGCUUGGUUUCUGACUGAGAAGGAGAAAGUCGCUGCGAGGGCGAGGAGUCUGAGGGAUGGGAGUAGAAGUGUGGGGAGUGAGUUCAGUCUGAAGCAGGCAUUUGCGACUUGGAGGGGAUGGAGAUUCGCUGGGUGGUGUGUCAUCUGCUUCACUUAUCCAGUAGCGUUUUCCACCACUUCCAACUUCCUGCCGCAGAUUGUGGCACGUCUGGGCUACUCAACUGUCAAGACCAACCUUUGGACCGUUGCCCCAAAUGCGGUAGGAUUUGUCUUCCUGCUCACCGUAGCCAAAUCCUCAGACUACUUCCGCGAACGCACGUACCACAUUGUAUUUUCCCUCUGUGUCUCUCUCAUCGGGAUGAUAAUCCUCGCCAGCAUCGACGUGCUCGGAAACAAAGGCGUCGCGUACUUUGCCUGUUUCCUUAUGGCCGCCGGCUCCUACAUCCCUUCCGUCCUCGUGCACUCCUGGCACAACAACAACAACCUGGAGGAGAAUUCCCGUUCAGCUACGACUGGUCUACUGGUAGGGUUGGGAAACCUGGCGGGGAUCCUCAGUGCGGGGACUUUUAGGGUUGAGUAUGCGCCUGAGUAUCGGCCUACGCUGAUUGCCACCUGUUGUUGCAACGUGACCUCUAUUUCUUUUACAUUAUGGAUGGGCAUUUGGAUGAAGAGGCAAAAUGCGAAGAGAAACGCGGAACAGGGAGUUGUGAUCAGAGCUGAGGAUGUGGAUACGUCUUCUUUGGUUGAUGGGGAGAAGAGCGCCAACUGGAGAUUCUUCACGUAA